UCGACUCGUUUGAUUUUGGCUAUGGCGAGGUAAGUUUCUUGCCGACGCCGUCCACCGUAGAGCCCAUAGAGCGAAACCCAGUGGCCUUCAGCGACGCGUAUGCGAAGGUGAUCUCGCAGUUUGGGCCCAUGGUGCAGAUAGAGACCAGCGUGGACAACCAGCAGCUGCCCAACUACUUUGUGAUGGACAAAAUGAGGAGCGACUGGACCAACCAUCACGGCUUCAAGACGCUGAUACCCAAGCUGCUGCAGCUCAACUUGGUCGGCUACCCUUUCGUUAUCGGGGAGAUGGUGGGCGGCGGCAACAGCAAGACGUGGUCCGAGCUGUAUGUGCGCUGGCUUCAGGCCAGUGUCUUCAUGCCGGUCGUAAAGUACUCCUUCACACCGUGGGACUUUGACAACGAGACGCUGGAGAUCUGCCGCAGCCUGACCGAUCUGCACGCGCAGUACGCGCCACGAAUCCUGGAGCUGAUGCAGAAGGCGGUGGAGGACGGCACGCCGGUCAACCUGCCCGUCUGGUGGCUCGACCCCACCGACUCCACUGCACAGACCAUCGACUCAGAGUACCUGCUGGGCGAAGAUGUCCUGGUGGCGCCGGUGCUGCACCGCAACACGGUGCGCCGUGACAUCUACCUGCCGAAGGGCACCUGGAGGGACGAGGCCGACCCAGAGCACCCCACCAUACAGGGCCCCACCUGGCUCCGCAAAUACCCUGCUCCUCUCAACACUCUGCCCUACUUCACCAGGAUCAGCUCCUCAUAGGCUUCUCUGGCUGCAUGCGAAACGUCGUUCCGUUGUGGUACAUUUGUAAAUGACUAAUAAGUACAAGAGUGUAAUACUAAAACACUUCAACUGAGUUUUAUUGGCUGCAAUUAGAUAAACGCAUUAUGAAAAA